CAUCAAACAGCAUCACCACCAACUCAGAUUCUCAGUUUGGAAGCCCUUAACUUUCAUAUAGAGAGGGAGAGAGAGAGAGAGAGAGUGAGUGUGCGAGAGGGAGAUGGCGAAAUGGAAUGUGGUGAUUCUCUUGUUCGCUCUAGUGAUCGUCCAAACAAGUGCUAGGAAAGAGCCUACCGAAGCUGCUCUCAAAACUGUCAACAGCAACAACAAGAAUGGCAAUGGUCUCAACGACCAGAAGAACUUUAUCAUUGGUGCAGGCAUUGGUGGUGUUGCCGGAAUCGGUGCUGGAGCUGGCGGAGUCGGUGGUGUUGGUGGCAUCGGUGGGCUUGGUGGACUCGGUGGUAUCGGUGGUGGAAGUGGUCUUGCAGGGUUAGGUGGUCUGGGAGGUGCCGGUGGCGUAGGUGGUGGCCUUGGUGGUGGAGCUGGAGCGGGUGUUGGUGGUGGUGCUCUUCCUUUUCCUUGAGUUCGUUCGUUCCAUUAUCAUGCAUGCAUGGCUUCCACGCAUCAACUAUUGGGGUGCUUAAGUUUAGUAGCAGUCAACCGUGGUUAAUUGGACAGAGCAGGGCCUUAUUUAUUUAUGAAUUAGGGUUUGUUAGUUAAGGGUUUGGUUGUGGUUUGGGUUGUUAAGUUAGUUAAGUGUGAGGAUUAGUGAUCUCCUUCUAUAAUGGAAAUGUGUUUGCUCUCCUGAAAAGUAAUAAAAUAGAUAGGUGUGAGUUUAAAA